AUGUUUUCUUUCACCUGUAGUCGACACAGGUGGCCGGUUUCAGAGGUCGAGGACCAGGAGGUUUGGAUGGAGAGCGAGAGACAAAGCAGGGACAAGUCUGACGAGAGGAAGUCCAAGGGGAGGAAGGACACCUCAAAGAAGACACCAAAGAAAGACUCCAUGUCUAAGAAGACACCAGAGAAAGACUUGUCUAAAGAGACUCUAAAGAAAGACUCCAUGUCUAAAGAGACUCCAGAGAAAGACUUGUCUAAAGAGACUCUAAAGAAAGACUCCAUGUCUAAGAAGACACAGGAGAAAGACUCCAUGUCUAAGAAGACACAGGAGAAAGACUUGUCUAAAGAGACCCUAAAGAAAGACUCCAUGUCUAAGAAGAAACAGGAGAAAGACUUGUCUAAAGAGACCCUAAAGAAAGAUUCCUUGUCUAAAGAGACUCCAGAGAAAGACUUGUCUAAAGAGACCCUAAAGAAAGCCUCCUUGUCUAAAGAGACUCCAGAGAAAGACUUGUAUAAAGAGACUAUAAAGAAAGACUCGUCUAAGAAGACACCAGAGAAAGACUUGUCUAAAGAGACUCUAAAGAAAGACUCGUCUAAGAAGACACCAGAGAAAGACUUGUCUAAAGAGACUAUAAAGAAAGACUCCAUGUCUAAGAAGACACAGGAGAAAGACUUGUCUAAAGAGACUCUAAAGAAAGACUCCAUGUCAAAGAAGACACCAGAGAAAGACUUGUCUAAAGAGACUCUAAAGAAAGACUCCAUUUCUAAGAAGCCACCAGAGAAAGACUUGACUAAAGAGACUCUAAAGAAAGACUCCAUGUCAAAGAAGACACCAGUGAAAGACUUGUCUAAAAAGACUCUAAAGAAAGACUCGUCUAAGAAGCCACCAGAGAAAGACUUGACUAAGAAGACACCACAGAAAGACUUGACUAAGAAGAUACCACAGAAAGACUUGACUAAAGAGACUCUAAAGAAAGAGUCCAUGUCCAAAACUGUCAAAGAGAAAUCUGUAGAGGAGUCUGCGUUACAGACUCUAGAGAAGACGUCAGAGGUGAAAAAGACUCCAGAAACUGAACCUGUUGCCAAAACCAUGUCAGAAAAGACCAUCAGACCAACACCAGAGACAGACUCUGCCAGUAAAACCACUUUAGAAAAAGAAUCUUUGUCUAAAACGAGUCCAGAAAACAAGGUGUUAAAAAGAAAAAAGACUUGUGAUGACGACUCUGUGACUAAAAAGAAAGAAAAGAAAGCGACGUGUGAAGAGACUCAAGAGAAAGAAAAUCUAGAGAGUGAAAAAUCAACUGAGGCUCCAUGGACAGAGGAGUGUAAAGACCAAAAGACUCAAGUGAAAGACGAGUGUGAAGACAAAGAGAUUUCAGGGACAGAUGAGUGUGAAGACAAACAUACUGGAUUGAUGGACGUGUGUAAAGACCAAAAGACUCAAGUGAAAGACGAGUGUGAAGACAAAGAGAUUUCAGGGACAGAUGAGUGUAAAGACAAACUUACUCCAAAGAAGGGCGUAUGUGGAGGCAAAAAGACUCCAGACACGGACAAGCUUAAAGACAAGUCCUCCGAAGCUCAAGAGGAGACAUCUGAACCAGGUCCGACGCAUUCAGAGCAUGAGGACCAACCAGACUCUACUGGAGAUUGUCCUGAAAAGACGUUGGAUGAAACUCCUCAGGUGAGACAACGUCGGGGGACAGAGCUAAGCUAG